GUUGAGCGUGUCGGUUGAGUUUUGAGUCGGUUUUUCGGUCCGUUCUGCUGUUUUUUUUGUGUUUUUGUGUGUGCCGGUUGCUCAUCGCUGUAACUGAUUUGUUGUUGUGGUUGUUGUUGUGCCUGUUAUCGUUCAGCUUAAAGCAUUUGUUUUAAUUACCUUGGCAAUUAAUUUGCAGGCGCUGUUCCCACAGAUAAAAAAAUAGUUCAAUGUGCAAAACGUAUAUGUGUGUUUAGUGUUAAAAGUGAAUACGACAAACGAAAUCAGAGUUAGCGUCACUAAGCCAGGAAGCGCUACAGUUUUGGAAAAUUAAAUUAAAGCAGCAGCAUGAACAACGUGGAUAUAAGCUUCAUACCCGAUCUGCCAGCCGGCGGACCCUUGGCGGUUUAUCGCAAACGCGCCAACUUUGACUGGAAACGCUUACGCUUAUUAUUUGAAACGGAGCAGGGCUCACGCAUAAAGUACAACGUGUGGAGUCGCUUGGAGAAUGAUCCGCUGUUCGCACACGCUUCGCGUACGCUGCCCAUGGAUGAGCAGAAACGUUUGGCCGCCAUGCAAGUGAAUCGCAUGAAGCAUCUGCAACUGGUGCCGCCGGAAGUGGAUGCGCUGGACUUUAGCCGCAAGACCAAGUAUCUGAUGCAUAUAAACGAAGCGCUGGCCAGCUAUUCGCCCAGUUUAUCGGUGAAGAUAGCGCUGGGCGUGGGACUGUUCAACAAUGCCAUCAGGGCUAUGGGCACGGAGAAGCAUACAAAGUAUAUAGAGGCGGCGUGGAAUCGUGAGAUUAUUACUUGUCUAGCUGUAACGGAGCUGUCACAUGGCAGCAAUACGAAGUGCAUAAGGACGACGGCUACGUAUGAUCCCUGCACGCAGGAGUUUGUUAUCAAUACGCCGGACUUUGAGGCAGCCAAGUGCUGGGUGGGCAAUCUGGGCAAAAUGGCUACGGUGGCCAUGACUUUUGCCAAUCUGCAAACGGCGGAUGGUGUUAAUCAUGGACUGCAUGGAUUUCUGAUACCCAUACGCGAUCCCAAGACAUUGCUGCCGUAUCCUGGCGUGCUGGUGGGUGAUAUAGGUGAAAAGUGUGGCCUCAAUGGCAUUGACAAUGGCUUCGUAGUGUUUACCAAUUAUCGCAUACCACGCGAUAAUCUACUCAAUCGCACGGGCAAUGUUACGCCGGAGGGAGUUUACGAAAGCGUCUUUGCUGAGCCGGGCAAGGCCUUGGGCGCUGCACUGGAGAGUUUCUCGGCGGGACGCAUUGGCAUUAUGCAGGAGGCAGCGAAUACGCUUUGCAGUGCGGCUGUCAUUGCCGUCAGAUAUGCAGCGGUGCGUAAACAGUUUGGACCGGAGCGUCAGGGCGAAGAGAUUGCCAUCAUUGAGUAUCAAUUGCAUCAAUAUCGCAUUUUCCCUUACCUGGCUGCCGCUUGUGUCAUGAAGAUUGCCGUGGAGCAGCUGACCAACACUUAUCUGGAGAUUGUAGCUGGCUCGCAAGCGGAUGCCAAUGGCUUCGACGUCUUGACACAAAAAGCUGGGGAAAUACACGCCAUCAUCUCCGCAUCCAAGCCGCGCAUUACUUGGUGUGCUCGCGAUGCUAUUCAAGAGGCGCGGGAGGCGUGUGGUGGGCAUGGCUAUUUGCGUGCUGCCAAACUGGGCGAUAUGCGCACAGAUCACGAUCCCUUGUGCACCUAUGAGGGCGACAAUAAUGUGCUGGGCCAGCAGGCAUCCAAUUGGCUGCUACGACAGUGGAACGCCAAGCAGCUGGAGACGCCACUGGGCAGCGUCAAGUUUCUGGAGCAGCGGCAGCAGCUGCUGCAGCUGAAAUUUGAGCAGCUAAUCAAGCAGUCGCCGCUGGAUAGCUGGCAAUUUGCUCUAAGCUGCUAUGAGUGGCUGCUUUGCUAUUUAAUGCGCCACACUGCGCAGCAUAUGGAGCAGCAGUUGGCUGCCGGCGUGCAUCGUUUUGAGGCACGCAACAAUUCCCAGGUGGCAGGCGCGCGUGAACUCAGCUUGGCCUAUGCCGAGUACUUUGGACUCAGUCGCUUUGUUGCGCAUGUGCGUCAACUGCAGUUGGAUGCGCCCUAUGCGCGUGUGCUGCGUCUGCUGUACGAUGUCUAUGCCAUGUGGCUGCUGGAGAAGCAUAUGACCAGCUUCUAUGUGGGCGGCUUUGCUGCAGGCAGCGCUUUCGCCAGCGCCGUGCAGCAGCGUCUGCUGCAGAGCUGUGCGCAGCUCAAGGACAUGGCGGUUAGUGUGGCUGACUCCAUUGCGCCGCCAGACUUUGCUUUGAACUCGAUUAUUGCACGCGCCGAUGGACUGCUCUAUGAGAAUCUGCAAAACGAAUUUAUGACCAAUGAGGGCGCAUUUCAGCGGCCGUCUUGGUGGCGUGACGUCAUCAUUCCACAAACCGAAACUAAAUCCAAGUUGUAGAGCUUAGCUAGUGCCUCUAACGGUCAGCAGUUAAGCCAGCCCCCCUUAAGUAGCCAUUAGGUAUUAACUAUAUUAAAUGUACCUAACAAUACGUGUAUGUAACAUAUAUAACUGUAUAUAGCCUACACUAGUGCUAAACAUUUUGAUUUCUAACCAAACACACUACUAAAUUUCAUAGUUUGUGGCAUUUGUUGUUAAACUAAAUGUGUUUAGCGUUAGCAAAUUAAUAAUUGAACAAGUAGUAAGUGUCCUUAGUGCAAGCAUCAAUGUUGGCACAGCUUGAAUUUUUAAGCUAGUAUAUCACAAAAUUUAUCAAAAUCUAGAGAACAACUUCAGAAAAAUCGAACUUUUUAAUAAAAAUCUAUUUUGUUUACU